AUUUUCUUACAAGCGUUCGCUUCUAUCGGUCCGUAGUGACGAUCGCAAGGUCCGCAAUCGCAGCAGAAGUCUCGAGUUCUGAUUGCAUCGGAUUUGUCAUGUUAACUUUGAUGCCUCUCAGUUUCUUCCUGUAUGCCGAUAAUUAAAAUCAAGGUUUCUGUUCAUUUCUAGGGAAUCAAUUCGGUCAUAUUUGCUUGAAAGAAUUUCGUUAUACCUUAGCAGGCACCUGUCAUCGCUUGGUUUUCCUAACAUUUAAGUAUGGGGAGGGUGAAGCUGAAAAUCAAGAGAUUAGAGAACAUUGGUAAUCGACAAGUGACUUUUUCUAAACGAAGGAAUGGAAUCCUAAAAAAGGCCAAGGAGUUAUCUGUAUUAUGUGAUAUUGACAUCAUCCUUCUUAUGUUCUCUCCAACGGGAAAACCUACAUUAUUCACUGGACAACGAAGCAACAUUGAUGAGGUUAUUGCAAAGUUUGCUCGACUAACACCACAAGAAAGAGCUAAACGGAAAUUGGAGAGCCUCGAAGCUUUGAAGAAGACGUUCAAGAAGCUGGACCAUGACGUAAAUAUACAAGAUUUUGCAGGGGCAAGCAGUCAAUCAGCUGAGGAUUUAAGCAACCAUGCAAUGAUGUUGCGAUCUCAACUUUCUGAAUUACAUAAGCGACUAAGUUAUUGGAGUAAUCCAGACAAGAUUGAGAACGUUGAACAUCUUAAGCAGAUGGAAGACUCCUUAAGGGAAUCACUUGAUCGCAUUCGGAUACACAAGGAAAAUUUUGGACAACAAAAGCUUAUUCCGCUAGAUUGCACAAACCAGUUCCAAAAUGGGUUGCAUUUACCUCUAAUGAUGACCAAUACCCAAGAAGAUCAAACUCUACAAUGGCUUCCGAAUAACGAAAAUCAAAAUUUGAUCUUGGCAGAUAAACAAAAUUACAUUCCUCAAAGAGAUGGGGAAUGUUCUGGUGUGUCUCUUUCAAACUAUUCCGGUUUGUUUACCAGCAAAGGGAUAGAAAUGGAAAAAGUUGACCGGUCAAGGCAAGCAGUUGGUGGUUUGGCAGAACUAUGUAGUACAUCAAAUUUCCCUUUUAGCCCCUUUGGAAAUCUCAAUUUUCCACAAACAAAAGAAAUGAAGCCAGAUACAUCAACCAGCUUACAAGGGUUUCUAGAUUAUUCUAUAAAUUGCAACUUUGAGAUGCCUAGAAAUGUCUACAAUGACAACUUGUGUAACCCAUGGAACCCUGAACCCGUUCCAUGUCCUCUUCCUAUGAUCUAUGGGAACUCAUACUCUCAGCAACCGGAUCAUCUAAUGUCAAACAACGAAAGCUGAAGGAGAAUUCUCAUGUCACAUGUUUUUUUUUUUUAGAUAUAGGCCGAGACUUUUUUUCUUUUCUUUUUAGAAAGUAAUACUUUGGUUGUAUAAUAUGAACUAAAAAGUAUUAAUAAGUAAUGACAUGUUGUAUAU